AUGCCGAUUCCCGUCGUCUUGUACUUCUCCAACGCAUCGCAAAUCAUCACCAACGACGAUCCGGAUUCAUCCACUCCUCAAAUAACGGAUCACCUGACCCGAUCGCUGUCCGUCAUUCUCACCCGCUUCUACCCUCUCGCCGGACGAGCCACCGGCGAGGGCGAAUUCAUCGACUGCAACGACGCCGGCGUCCCCUUCUCCGUCGCCAGAUUCAGAGGCAGCACGCUGGCGGAGCUCCUCGCGACUCCCCGCCCCGAUCUCCUGCUGCCGGGCGGCGCCGUCGCGAUGGUGCAGGUGAAUUGCUUCGACUGCGGCGGCGUCGCGAUCGGGGUGGUGUUCUGGAACAAGGUGGUGGAUGCGACGACGGUGGUGGCGGUGCUCCGGGCGUGGGGGGCACGAUGCGGUUUGCCCCAACUACAUGGCGCAGUAUGUAUUCUCCGCCUCCACCACGUCAUCAAAUCGAAAGCAUCCGACGUGGCAGACCCCACCGAGCUCGUGUCAGCUCUCAUGUGGAAAUGCUUCAUGUCCGCAUCUCAUGCAAACGGCAAAUCCACCUCCUUCCUCACCCAGACCAUCGACCUCCGCCGCCGUUCCCCCAGGAAUGCUUCGGCAACUCCAGGCGCUCGCGGCCGCCACGUAGCCAAAAUGAGGGAAUCCGCCGCGAAGAUCGACGGCGGCUACGUCGAUCGGAUGCGCGGUGACGGCGGGCUGAUGGGAUACUACGAGAAUCUCCGGCGAGUUUGGAUCGAAUACUCGGAGGAAUUCGACGUGUUGCCGAUCUCUAGCCUUUGUGGUGGUGGGGUUUAUGGGGUGGAUUUCGGAUGGGGAAAGCCGGCGUGGUUUUGUAAAUGCGACGGCGGGGGCGAGGCGGAGGUUUGGAAUAGGGUGUGGUUGAAUGACACAAGAAACGGCGACGGGAUAGAGGCGUGGGUGAUUCUUGAAGAGGAGUAUAUGAAGGUGUUGAACGAGUUGAGGAUUUGA